AUGUCUGCUUUCUACAACCACCACCACCACCACUACCAGCAACAACACCCUCACGCCCACAUGUCCACCCAAAAUCACCACCACGGCCGCCGCCGGGCUCCCAAAAUGGCCCAGCAGAAUGCUCAGCGUCAGUUCCGGGGUGUGAAGAGCAUGCGGGAAUUGGCCGAGGCUCCCGCCGUCACAGCCUUCCGGGCUCGUUUCGAAGCCGGUCGCUCCUUCGAUCUCGAUGACGACCUGGAGUUCUGUCCCAACCUGCUGACCGAGGACGACGUAUGUUUUGCUGAUCACAUCUCCCUUCGAUCCUUCUCGCCAAGGAAGGAAAUCCCCCAGGAGAUAACCUUGAAAAGCUUGCGAGCUAACGGUCACUCUUUUUGCCCCCUGCAGUUGCACUCUAUCCACUCCGCCUCCUCCGACCGCUCCUCGCUCUCCAGCGGGUCGCCCGAUACCUCGCCCCUGCAACACCAGAUCCAGCCGGUGCAGCAGGUCACCCCAUCCAUCUCCCUGUCGCCUGCUCAGGCCAAUGCAUACGUCCACGCUGGGGUUACCGGUAACAUUAAUCACGCAAACUACCAACAGGCCGCCAACCAAGCCAACAGGACUCGCAAGGUCAUUCCCAUUGUCAACCCCAACACCGGCAUGACCCUCGCGAGCCCGCCCUCAUCCAUCUCCCCGGCGAUGAUGCAGACGGCCCAGCGGCGAUGGUGA